GUAUGUGUAGCCUGUAAUGGCAUGUCCUUCUUUCUUAGCACCACAGAAAGAGGAAUCUAAAUGUAGCUCUUUCACACCUCACAGCAUGACUUUAGGAGUUUGAUUUCUAAAGCAACAAUGCAGUCUACUCCAUGAACUCAACUCACACUGACUUGGAGAAGAGACAACAGUUUAUCCACACUGCCUUGGAACAUUUUGCCUCUCCUUUAAACACUUACAGAUUUGCUUGUUUUGCUUGAGGGACAGGAGGAGCAUGUCACAUCAGGCUGCAAAGAGACUGAGAGUGGCUUACAAAAGGUAGUGAGGGACUAAGACUGUAGCAGAGACUUUUAGCUUUAGGACAUGCUGUUCUUCCUUGUCCUGUCUUUUUGGGUUCCAGCUGUAUUGACUUCGGGCCAGGUUUGGCCAUUGAACAGCACACCACGGAAAACAGUCACUCUGAGUAACAGAGGACAUGUCUUUCAAGAGGAGGGAGUGUGGAAUUACACCACCAUGCUCCUGAUGGAAGAUGAGGGUGUGCUCAUCCUGGGAGCUCGAGAGGCCAUCUUUGCCCUGGACCUCAACAACAUCACACACAAGAAGUCUAUGGAUAAGUGGGCAGUAACUUCAGAGAUGCAGCGCAAUUGUAACAUCAAAGGGAAAACACAGACUGAGUGUCAUAACUACAUCCGGAUCCUUCAUAAAAUGUCGAACGACACCAUGUUCGUUUGUGGUACCAACGCUUUUAAUCCAACCUGUGAUAUUAUGUCUUAUAAAGACGGCAAGCUGACUCUCGAAGGUAAACAACAAGAUGGGAAAGGAAAGUGUCCAUUUGAUCCUUUCCAGAGAUGCGCCUCUGAAUUUGUCGAUGGAAAGCUGUACUCUGCUACAUCUUUGAAUUUCUUGGGCUCAGAACCGGUUGUGAUGCGAAGCUUAGAUGAUAGCAUACGAACUGAAUUCCAGACUUCAUGGCUUAAUGAGCCCAAUUUCAUUGGCAUGAAGCAUGUGGCUGAGGGAGAUGACAACCCAGAGGGGGAUGAUGACAAGAUUUACCUUUUCUUUAAUGAAAGAGCUGUGGAGUACGAUGCCUACAGUAAGAUGGAGGUGUCAAGGGUGGCUCGCGUUUGUAAGGGGGAUGUGGGAGGACAGCGGACAUUGCAGAAGAAGUGGACGUCAUUUCUAAAGACUCGCCUGGACUGUCCUGUUCUUCAAACCAGACUACCACUUCUCAUACAGGAUGUGUUCCUCUUCUGCCCAGACACCUGGAAAACCUGUAUGUUCUACGGUGUCUUCACUCCUCAGGGGGAAAUGCCGGAGUACUCAGCAGUGUGCGCUUACCGGAUACAGGACAUCAGGGAGGUGAUGUCUAAAGGCAAAUUCAAAGCGCUGUACAGAGGACCUUCAUUUGAAAAAUGGGUAACAUUCUACGGACCUGUGCCUGACCCUCGUCCCGGAGCUUGUAUUAACAGUAAGACAAGGGAGAAAGGGUUUUCAAAGUCUUUGGACCUCCCUGAUGAAACCCUUCAGUUCAUCCGAGACAACCCACUGAUGGAUCAGGCAGUGAAGCCUUCUGAUCAGCCCCUACUGGUGAAGAAGGGAGCUGCGUUUACUCGUAUAGUGGUGGCCAGCACUACUGCCCUGGAUGGGAGCAGCCAUCAGGUCAUGUUUAUUGGCACAGCAAGCGGAUCAGUGCUGAAAGCAGUCAACUAUGACGGAAAGAUGGUGAUAAUAGAGGAGGUGCAGCUCUUUAAGCAGUCCGAGCCAGUAAAGAUAUUGCAGCUCUCCGUCACCCUGGGUCAGCUGUAUGCAGGCUCAGAGGAAGCAAUGGUGCAGAUGCCGCUUAGUACAUGUGACCAUUACGCUUCCUGUAUGGACUGUGUGCUGGCCAGAGACCCGUACUGCGGCUGGGACCUCAGCGCUGAACGCUGCAUUGCUAUAAAAAACAUUCAUCCAGAUAAACACAGUGAGGUGGUUCAGAGUCUGAGAGAUGGAAAUGCUGCACGUUGUCCUGCAGUCGAAAGUACUACGAUCAUUAAAACCUUCUAUCCUGGUAACGUGGUCAGGUUGCUUUGCCAGCCAGGAUCAAACCUGGCCCGAGUGCAGUGGAGCGUAAACAAUCACACAAUUCAAAACUCCAACAAGUACCACAUUCAUCACAACAACCUGUUGAUCCUCAAUGCCUUGGACAGAUACGCCGGAUUCUACACCUGCACCUCUGUAGAGUCCUCCAAUGGUAAAGACUAUGUCAUCCAAACUACUACAUAUGAGCUGAGGCUGGGGGACUUCAUGGAGCAUCCUUCGGUUCAGCCGCAGGUCCAGGAACAGCAGAAAUCUCUCUUGGCCCUCAAGAUCCUGGUCAUUAUACCAACACUGAUAUUAUUAGCUCUAGUGGUAUGGAACUUCUACAAAGGGCAUUUUGCUGUCCAGAGAUGCUUAGAAAAAGCUGACGAAUGUCCACAGAGUGUGUGCUGUCAGGAGACACUGCAAAUAGUUCAAGAAAGUUCAACAGAAAUAACAAUCAACAGAAUAGCUGAAUCCCCUGAUAUGACAAACCAGCAUAAUGGAGACAAAUUGCUCCAGUGAAGUUUAUUUUUUAUUUUGCAGACACCUCAAUGACAAAUCCAACAUAAUCCAGUUUCAUAGCUGAAAUCAUUCAAUCUGAACUGUUGGAGAUUUAAAGACAUUUUAUUAUUUCCUGUUAUUUGUAGACUUUAGUAUUGUUUAAAACCCUAAAGCACUGAAACUGGUUUAAGCACAGUAUAUUGUUUGCCAAUUAAAAACAAAUCCCAAAAUAGAUGUGAAUAUGUAUUGAAGAUUGUAUAUGGUCUACUGAAGAGGAUUAUACAACCAGUCAUCCAUGGGAUGCCAGCAUAAUUCAUAUUUCCUUCAUAAAUCUGUAUUCUGGAUGAGACAUUGAUUGAGAAUGACCACCAGUUUUGUUUUUUCUUUUUUUUUCUUUUUCUUUUUUUAAAGCUGUAGCUGUUGAAGCCUUCAGAUUCAGCACUGUGUUUCCAGAGCAAUAGCUCAAUGAAAUUUGGAGGACUUUUUUUUUUUUUACCUCUCUCUUAAUGUAUUUUUUAAAUUCUAACAUUUUGUGAGAAUUUUUUACUGUAAAAUAAACUGUGAAUGUGUUUGUGUAACGUCUUCCGUGUACAGAACCAUUAUUUUCAGUCUAUGUGACUUGUAAAGAAAAUCAAGUAAAUUGUUUAAAAAAGAUUUGUAUUGUUGCAAAAUAAUAAAAAUACAAUCAUUAAAAUCUAA